CCCACAGUCUCUUCCGGGUGUUUUGGUGUUUUCCCUCAGCUGGACGUCGGACGGUGACAGCGAGCUAACGAAGAUAAAAGCCUUAAUUUUUUGCCAAAAUGAACCGACUUUUUGGAAGAGGAACACCCAAGGGUCCACCACCGAACCUUACGGACUGCAUAGGGAGUGUUGAUUCUCGGACGGAGUCCACUGACAAGAAGAUUGCCAGACUAGAUGCUGAGUUAGUGAAGUACAAGGACCAGAUGAAGAAGAUGAGAGACGGGCCCUCAAAGAACAUGGUCAAGCAAAAGGCUCUGAGAGUUCUGAAGCAGAAGCGAAUGUACGAGGGCCAGAGAGAUAACCUCAUGCAGCAGUCGUUCAACAUGGAGCAGACAAACUACUCAAUCCAGACCCUUAAAGACACUAAAACCACAGUUGAUGCCAUGAAAGUCGGCCUCAAAGACAUGAAGAAAGCCUACAAGCAUGUGAAAAUUGAUCAGAUUGAGGAUCUGCAAGAUGAACUCGGAGACAUGAUGGAGGACGCCAAUGAAAUCCAGGAGGCGAUGGGCAGAAGCUACGGCACACCUGACAUCGAUGAGGACGACUUGGAAGCGGAGCUGGACGCGUUGGGAGAUGAGCUCCUGAUGGACGAGGACAGCUCCUACCUGGACGAGGCUUCCACGGCUCCUUCCAUCCCAGAGGGCAUGCCCGGCGACAAGUCCGUCAACAGGGAUGGUGUCCUGGUGGACGAGUUCGGCCUUCCUCAGAUUCCCGCUACAUAAGAGCAAUCAGGAUGCUCGUGCUAGUUUUACAUGUAUCAUAGCCUUUUGUAUGUACCCAACUGACACUCCUAGCCUUAUAAUGCAUAAUCAUAAACCAAAGCAUCUGCUGUUGAAUGCAUUUUGGAAACUAAUGUCAAGUCAGGCAUCUUUAAUUAAAAGUUGUGAUUAUUAUUUUGAGUGUGCUCAUAUCGUAUGCAUCUGAAUUGGAUUCUCUUAACUUUGUACAGUUUCGGCAGCGUUUGUUGCCAAGAACUAAAUAAAUUAUAUUUUUCAAAGAC